AUGGCGGAUACCUCCAGGCAGAAGAGCGGACUUGCAUGCGAAGAAUGCCGACGUCGGAAAUCGAAGUGUGAUCGUGGCCGUCCUGUUUGCGGAGGAUGUCUCGAGUCUGGCACGGAAUGCGCCUUUGUGGACGACAGACCCAAACGGGGACCUAAAAAGGGUCAACUGAGAGCUCUUCGAGCUCGAGUAGGUACUGUGCUGAUCAAGACCGCAGCCACGUUGGAGCAGCAAUUGGGUAGCCAAGCAGGAAUUGAGACUACCGAUGUCUGUAACAGCACGGACACCAUGUUGCCGAUGCCAUUGGUUGAAACAGAUUGGACCAUGUCGUUUGAUCUGAUGCAGCCCACCUGGACAGAACAAUCAGACAGUUUACCAGAUACUAAUCUAGAGACAGAAUGGCGGGACUAUGGCUUGCUAUCACAGGAUGUUGGAAUCUUAAGUCCCCAAGUCACACAGCAUAUGAGCGAGAUGUCCAUCAUCUCGGAUCUACCUCCCUUGAUCCAGCUUGAUUUGGUGCAUCCACUCUUGCCUAUGAUACACAAACGACGUUAUCUGUCUUGGGCAAGGCUCACAGACAUCUCACCAGCACGACAAUGCCUAAGAAUGGCGAUGAGAGCACUUGCUGCGGCCAUGUCCUCUCAAUUUCGCUCACACGGCGAAGAACUGUAUCUCAAAGCGAGACAAUUGGCGGAGGAUCUCGAUGCCUCCGAUUUGGGGUUGCCUUGGACUGACAGUGAAAUAAAAAUCGAGCAAACUCAAGCAUGGCUCCUUCUCGCACACUACGAACUAUUUUCACCUGUCGAAACUCGACUCCCGACAACGAUAUCCGUGAGGCUUCCAUGUCCGGAAAGGAAUUUCCAGCACGACGACCACAUCGACAUGGGCUUCCCAGAUGAGCCGCUGAACGACCUAAGUGCAAGACCUAUAUCGCUCUUCGCAGGGUUUGUCACUAGCAUGAUACUCUUCGGACGUUGUGUCGUCCACAAUCUUAUGCGGAUGGGUACCACGUCUAGUGACAAAGAAGAUCGGUCGUUUUGGGUACGGCACGACUGGCUUUCUGUAGCUGUAGAGAAGCAAGUGAGCCAGCAGCCUGGCAAAGCGACCGACAUGGAUGACGAACCAAUGCAGAUUGUGACGGCUAUGGUUGUCAACGGGUCUAUCUUAGCUCUCGCGAACUCGAACGAUGCGGUAUGUCAAAAGACGGAGAAGCAGUAUCAGGUUACAGCGGCAUAUUAUGAAACUGCCUACGAUGCCGCAAAGGUCCUGCUGAUAUCUGAUGGUGGACACGUUCUUGAGGGUAUUGGCAAUAUGAGACUUUCCGUCACUCUCCAAAUCCCCAAUGUACUGAAGAUGUUGUCCCACGGCUUCUCGGUUCGCGACGUACUUGUCUGGAGAUCUCCAGACCGCCCGGAUGGUGAUGCUAUGCAGACGUUUGACCAAAACCAAUUGUCAGACUCGCGUGACUGGAUCUCGAUUCGAUAG